AUGACCAUGUUGGCUCGCUCACCACUGCGUACGGCACGCUCCGCCGCCGCCGCCGCCCGCAAUGCCUCGAGCAAACCGCGCUUCGCCUCGACAUGGUCCUCCGCCGACAGCGCCGCCUCGGCCUGGAAGAACAACGCCCUGCCCGCCGGAGCGACUCUCUUCGCCGUCGGCUCGACUGCCUGGUACUGGCACCUCUACGGACGCCACGUCGAUGCCAUGACCCCCGCCGAAGAAGGCCUCCACCCGACCCAAUACCCGUGGGAGCACGAGAAGUGGCACAAGACCUUCGACCACGGAGCUCUCCGCCGCGGCUUCCAGGUCUACCGCGAGGUCUGCGCCUCGUGCCACUCCAUCUCGCGUGUGCCCUACCGCGCCGUCGUCGGCAAGUUCAUGACGGUUGACGAGGCCAAGGCCCUGGCCGAGGAGAACGAAUACGACACAGAGCCCAACGACCAGGGCGAAAUCGAGAAGCGCCCCGGAAAGCUGUCCGACUACAUGCCCGCUCCCUACAAGAACGACGAGGCCGCCCGCGCUGCCAAUAACGGUGCCCUGCCUCCGGAUCUGUCCCUCAUGGUCAAGGCCCGCCACGGCGGCUGCAACUACAUCUUCAGCUUGCUGACCGGCUACCCCGAGGAGCCGCCUGCUGGUGCCGUUGUCCAGGAAGGCCUCAACUUCAACCCCUACUUCCCCGGCACUGGAAUCGCCAUGGCCCGUGUUCUGUACGACGACUUGGUUGAAUACGAUGAUGGCACCAAGGCUUCGACUUCGCAGAUGGCCAAGGACGUCGUCGAGUUCCUCAACUGGACCGCCGAGCCCGAGAUGGACGACCGUAAGAAGAUGGGCUGGAAGGUUCUUGCCGUCACCAGUGUUCUGUUCGCCCUCAGUGUCUGGGUCAAGAGGCAAUGGGCCCCGCUGAAGACGAGGAAGAUCGUCUACCAGCCACCGCCAAACAAGAGCAUUCUCGACCACGUCCCCAAGCCAAACACUUCCGGCAAGACGAACCAAUAG